AUGAGUUGGAAAUUGACCAAGAAGCUAAAAGACACACACCUUGGCAGUCUCGUGCCGGGAUCGAGCACGUUUUCGCGGUCAUCAUCGACAUCUACCAUAGUGAACGAUGAAAAGAAUCCAGCCAGCUCCGCCACUACCUCUGUAGACUCCAAGGACCCAAAUGGCAUCGCCGCCUCAGAAGCCAACGCUGCUCCGCCUCCACCGCCUCUCCGCCCAGGUAUUCUUAUAGUCACGCUUCAUGAAGGUAAAGGGUUCUCUCUACCACCCGGCCAUGAGAACACAUUCAGCUCUGGACACCACCAGGGAUCACUAUCCCAAGGCGGUGGUUUCUCCGUGGCUGGUUCAGUACGACCAGGCUCCUCUUCACGAAAUGCGGUCGCGGGCUCGUAUGCGAAUCGACCGCAAUCCGCAGCGGGCAGCAUCAACGCAGCGCCUACUAUCCACGGUCGCUAUUCCUCAAAACACCUGCCAUAUGCGCUCGUAGACUUUGACAAGCAGCAAGUCUUCAUCAAUGCUGUUUCGGGCAACCCUGAGAACCCUCUAUGGGCGGGAGGCAACACACAGUACAAGUUCGAUGUGUCGCGAGUAACCGAACUUAGCGUGUCACUCUACAUCCGCAACCCUACCGCGCCUCCCAACGCCGGCCGUAGUGAGGACAUUUUCAUUGGAACGUUGAAGAUCAACCCUAGAUUUGAGGAGGCACGGCAAGAUGCCAAGUCAACCAAGAGCGAGCAAGCAGCAGGCCAGGCUGGUGCUGAGUGGAUCAAAGUCAAUUUUGGCACUGGUGAGAUGAGGGUCGGCGUCAACUUCGUCGAGAACCGCCAAGAUCGCCUGUCCAUCGACGAUUUCGAACUGCUCAAGGUGGUUGGAAAAGGUAGCUUCGGCAAGGUCAUGCAAGUGCAGAAGAAGGACACACACCGCAUCUACGCCCUCAAGACUAUUCGCAAAGCCCACAUCAUCUCACGGUCCGAAGUUGCGCAUACUCUGGCAGAGCGAUCUGUGCUGGCUCAGAUCAACAACCCAUUCAUUGUGCCUCUGAAAUUCUCUUUCCAAUCACCCGAGAAGCUCUACCUUGUAUUGGCUUUCGUCAAUGGUGGUGAGCUGUUCCACCACUUGCAAAAGGAGCAACGUUUCGAUAUUAACCGUGCGCGAUUCUAUGCCGCCGAGCUUCUGUGUGCUCUGGAGUGUCUGCACGGAUUCAAUGUCAUCUACCGUGAUCUCAAGCCAGAGAACAUUCUUCUCGACUACACCGGACACAUUGCGCUUUGCGACUUCGGUCUCUGCAAGCUAGACAUGAAGGACGAAGACCGAACGAAUACAUUCUGCGGAACACCAGAGUACCUUGCGCCUGAGCUGCUCACUGGCGCGGGCUACACAAAGUCGGUCGAUUGGUGGACUCUUGGUGUACUACUCUACGAGAUGUUGACUGGCCUACCACCUUUCUACGACGAGAACACCAACGACAUGUACCGCAAGAUUCUUACCGAGCCGCUACAUUUCCCUGGUCCAGAGAUCGUCCCGCCUGCGGCCCGGGAUCUGCUGACUCGUCUGCUCGACCGGAACGCCGAGAAGCGUCUGGGAGCAAAGGGCGCCGCGGAGAUCAAGGCACACUACUUCUUCCACAGCAUCGACUGGCGCAAGCUGCUCGAGCGGAAGUACGAGCCUAGCUUCAAGCCCAAUGUGGUUGAUGCGAAGGACACUGCCAAUUUUGACCGCGAAUUCACUUCAGAGGCUCCUACGGACUCAUAUGUGGACGGUCCGAUGCUUUCUCAGACCAUGCAGCAACAGUUUGCGGGCUGGUCUUACAACCGACCAGUCGCUGGCCUCGGAGAUGCGGGAGGUUCAGUCAAGGAUCCAUCAUUCGAAGGCGUCAACGAGCGAUAGUGUUGGAGCUUAGUAUCCGGCUUCGGAGCAGGGCGAUUGAUCUAGCGAUGGGCUGUUCCCACGGCGACUCAGUCUAUAACAACUGAACACCCGGUGGCUAUGGCCUUGUAGAGAGAAGAUUUUGUCAUUGGUGGAAUCUGUUAGCAUUGUCUUGGUGGGGGUUCUGGAACCAUGCUAUGGGCGCAUGAGGCAGCAUUUGUGUGAAUAAGAAGCCUAGAUUUAGGCAUUGCAAGACGAUAUCCCAC